GUGUGUGAGAGAGAGAGAGAGAGAGAGAGAGAGAGAGAGAGAGAGAACCGGAUGGAAGAGGACGGUAGAAAACGGGCAGCUAUGCCGCUCGGCUGCAGAAAACGGGCUGGACGAGUCCUGCUGGAGCAACGGCCGCUGUACCGGAGGACGGGCCCGGGUGCUGCUGGACCGGGAGGCCGCUGACGGACUCCUCUCCACCCGGGGAUAACCUCCUCUCGAGCCGAGAGCGCGCUCGGAUCGAUCGGCUCCUUUCCUCCUCCCGUUUUUUUCUUUCUUUCCCUCCUCCCUCCUCCUCAUCCUCAGCGGAGGCGAAACGAGGCGAUGAUGUCGCUGGUGGUUUAGGGAUCUGUCCGCCUUGGCUCGUCCGUUUGUUUACCGGGACUCCAGCAGCUGACAGCCGGCCGCAGCAGCGGGGCUUCGCGAUGGUUGCGCUGGGUGUCCGCCGCGGCUGGAGCUGCCUCGGCGGCUGCUGGAUGGGGACGGUGCUCCUGCAGUUGUUGCUCCGGAUUUUAUGCGCCGUGAACGGAGAGGAGCAGCCGUUCAGCGUGGAGACGUGGCUGCAGAGGUACGGCUACCUUCCUUCUGCAGACCCCAGGAUGUCGGUGCUGCGUUCUGCCAGAGUCAUGCAGUCUGCUAUCGCUGCCAUGCAGCGCCGCUACGGCCUCAACGUCACGGGGAACCUGGACACCAACACCAUAGAUGAUAACACCAUAAGGUGGAUGAAGAAGCCCAGGUGUGGGGUCCCCGACGAGUCAGGAGGGGCGUCGAAGUUCAGCGUCAGGAAAAGGCGUUUCGCCCUGACGGGCCAGAAGUGGCAACAUAAACAUAUCACAUACAGCAUCAAGAACGUGACGCCCAAAGUUGGCGCCGACGAGACGCACGACGCCAUCCGGCGAGCCUUCGACGUGUGGCAAAGCGUGACGCCGCUGCGCUUCGAGGCCGUCCCCUACAGCGAGCUGGAGCGGACCAAGAAGGACGUGGACAUCACCAUCAUCUUCGCUUCGGGUUUCCACGGUGACAGCUCGCCCUUCGACGGCGAGGGGGGCUUCCUGGCCCACGCCUACUUCCCCGGACCUGGAAUAGGAGGCGACACGCACUUUGACUCAGACGAGCCGUGGACCCUGGGGAACCCUCACCAUGACGGGAACGAUCUGUUCCUGGUGGCCGUCCACGAGCUGGGCCACGCCCUGGGCCUGGAGCACUCCAACGACCCCACGGCCAUCAUGGCUCCCUUCUACCAGUACAUGGACACGGACAACUUCAAGCUGCCCAUGGACGACCUGAUGGGCAUCCAGAAGAUCUACGGGCCACCCGAUAAGACUCUCCAGCCCACCAAACCUUUGCCCACGGCGCCCCUUCCUCGCUCCCAUCCUCCAUCGGACCCCCGCAAACCAGACAGGCAGACGAGACCUCCGAGGCUCCCCCCAGGGGACAGGCCGUCCCACCCCAACGCCAAACCAAACAUCUGCGACGGAGGCUUCAACACGCUGGCUAUACUGAGAGGAGAGAUGUUCAUCUUCAAGGACCACUGGUUUUGGCGGAUGAGGGAUAACUCAGUGGUACCCGGGUACCCCAUGCUCAUCAGUGUUUUCUGGAGGGGCCUGCCACCCAAGAUAGACGCCGUCUACGAGAACAGCGAGGACAAGUUUGUCUUCUUCAAAGGGAAGCAGUUCUGGGUGUUUAAGGACACGGUGCUGCAGCCUGGGUACCCCAAGGACAUCACCCAGUUCGCCCAUGGCAUGCCGUCCCUGAGCGUGGACGCCGCCGUGUGGUGGAAGGACGUGGCCAAGACGUAUUUAUUUAAAGGGGACAGGUACUGGCGCUACAGCGAGGAAAUGAGAACCAUGGACCACGGCUACCCGAAGCCCAUCACCGUGUGGAAGGGGGUGCCUUAUUCGCCGCAGGGGGCCUUCGUCGACAAAGACAAUG